ACGGGGCAGGCGGCCGGCGUCGACAAGGAUGGCAAACCCCUGCAGCCCGUGGUGCACAUUUGGGAUUCGGCCACGCUGCAGACGCUGCAGCAGAUCGGCUUGGGCAGCUUCGAGCGCGGCGUGGGUUCCCUCGCCUUCUCCUGCGCCGAUCAGGGCUCGUACCUCUGCGUGGUGGACGACUCCAACGAACACAUGAUGUCGGUGUGGGACUGCGCCCGCGGCACCAAGCUGGCCGAAGUUAAG